AAGACAGCAUUACAACACAGCUGGAUCAUGGCGGGGCUAGGAAGGUUGGUCGCCCGGGUGUCUACUAUAAAGCUAAGCCCCACGCCGUCCCUGGUUACCCUGGGGAGACACCUAAGCCAGGACACCCCGGGGGACACCGUGAGGAUCGGCUGUGCUAGUGGCUUUUGGGGUGACACUCCUACGGCAGCAUCCCAGCUAAUCCAUCAUGGGCGUCUGGAUUUUCUUAUGUUCGAUUACCUCUCGGAGAUCACCAUGUCGCUGCUCACGGCUGCCAGAGCCAAGAAGCCGGACAUGGGUUAUGCACCAGACUUUGUCCUCCACGCCCUAGGACCUCACCUGAAUGAAAUGAAAAGGCAAGGCAUCCGCGUGUUAAGCAAUGCGGGUGGCAUCAACCCUGAGGCCUGUGCCGCUGCCCUGAGACAAGCGGCGAAGAAGGCUGGAGUGGAUCUCAAGGUUGGGGUGGUGGCUGGAGAUGACCUGAUGCCCCAGAAGAAUGACCUGCUGGAUGCCAACCUUUGUGACCUUACUUCAGGCCUUCCCCUUCCCCCUUCAGCACACAGCAUUAAUGCCUACCUCGGGGCAGUUGGCAUGGUGAAGGCCCUUGAGCAGGGAGCAGACGUGGUGGUGACUGGGAGGUGUACUGACAGUGCCUUGGCCCUGGCACCCCUCAUGCAUGUGUUUGGCUGGGGGUCAAGUGAUCUUGACCAGCUGGCAUCAGGCAGCCUGGCAGGUCACUUGAUAGAGUGUGGUGCCCAGGUGACCGGUGGCAUCUUCACUGAUUGGCAGACUGUGCCUGACUGGCAUAAAAUUGGCUUCCCCAUUGCUGAAGUCAGCCCCAGCGGUCGUAUACUCAUCACCAAGCCUGAGGGGACAGGAGGUCUGGUCAGUGUGGGCACAGUUGCUGAGCAGCUCCUCUACGAAAUUGGUGACCCCAGGGCGUACGUACUCCCGGAUGUGGUGUGUGACCUGACUGGUGUGCAGGUGGCAGAGGUGGAGGCAGGUGUGGAGGUGUGGGGUGCAAGAGGGAAGCCACCCACUGAUUUCUAUAAGGUCUCCACCACAUACCUGGAUGGCUACAAGGCCACGGCAGUGUUUGUAGUGGGUGGCCCUGCAAGCGCCGCCAAGGGCCAUCGCACAGUAAAGGCCAUCUUAGCAAGGACCCGGUCCAUCCUCAAGGCCCUGGGCAUGGCAGACUUCAGUCGCACACAUUUCCAGGCACUGGGGGCUGAGGACACCUAUGGUCCCCAUGCUAGGAAUGAUGGGGGGCCAAGGGAAAGCGUGAUGUGGUUUUCGGUGACACACAAGGACAAGCGUGCCCUGCAGGUGUUUGCAAUGGAGCUUGCGGCAGCAGGCACUGGCAUGGCCCCAGGACUGACAGCUGUUGUGGGUGGCCGUCCCAAGCCUACACCCCUCCUCAGGCUGCACUCGUCUCUCAUACCGAAGGACAGAUGUAAGAUCAGAGUCAACGUUGAAGGAGAGGAAUGUGAGGUGGCAGCAGCAGGAUCCAGCACUACUGUCCCAGCAUCCACAUACAACCUGCCUCACCAGCCUGCCUCCUCUCCCUCUGAUCUCCCUCAACUGGAAACUGGCCCUCACAGCUAUCGGUUGGAGGAGCUUGCCUUUACCCGCAGUGGUGACAAGGGGGACUCGUGUAAUGUUGGGGUGGUGGCGCGCUCCCCAUCCCUCUAUCCUUAUUUGCUCAAAGCCCUCUCAGCUGAUGCAGUGGGAAAGUACUUUGGACAUGUGUGGGAGCCAGAGCUGGGCAGUGAUGCUCCAAAGGAGUUUGUGAAAAGGUAUGAGGUACCAGGGAUAAAUGGACUCAAUUUUGUGCUGGAAAGGUCACUGGGAGGGGGCGGGGUCGCCUCCCUCCGCUCUGAUCCCCAGGGCAAGGCAUAUGGCCAGAUGCUCCUUGACUUUGAAGUCACAGGGAUGCCUGAUCUCGCCUCUCUUAAGGACUAGUGGCUGACCCUUGGCCUUUGCCUCUUGAGUUUGGGAUCAUUCUCUGCUGUGAAUCAGGGUUGGUAUGACCAUUCAUUUUUUUAUUGUAGUACUCUUGUUUCCUCAAUUUUUUUAUGUAAUAAUCAAUUAUAAAUUUUCCUUUUCAUUCUUAAUGGUGCUCUCUGGUACAGGUGGCAGCUGCAGUCCAUCCCUAUCUGAAUUUAUUUCAUUAAUGAUUCAAUAAUUCAGGUUUUCUUUUAGGAGUUUUGCUAUACAGACAUGCUCUCAACCGGCCCUCAUUGAACAGUAUUGGCUGACAAAUUUGAGUUUGCUCAUGAAUCAAUAUAAUUUUUGUCUUCAUUAGUUAAAAAAUAAUGUUUUUUACAAUAAAUUCAUCCUUGAAUGAUCUUGAUGCUGACCCUUUUCCACCCAAACAAGCCUUAUUGAGGUUGCUGAACUGUGUAAAGUAAACGAGAUACAUUCACCCAGUAGCAGCACCAAGAGAUUGCAGGGUUUCAAACUGAGGCCUAUAACACUGAACUCAGUAGUGUUCAGUUUCAUAAUAGUUUACUUCAGCCUCUUUAAUUAAAGUCUUAACUGAAACUUUCAGAACCUUGAUAGACAAGACUUUGAUGCAUGAGGCCUAAAAAUUAUCCACAUCCACCAGGAUACCUCUUACAUAACCUUGUCAAUGCAACAUUGACAUUGCCAAUCAAAAUGAUGAACUAACUUGUAUAUACAUUGUACAACAUAUUUGUAAUAUUUACUGCAAAAAUAGUGGGGUAUUCUAUUUUUUAUAUUAGUAAUAUUUUUGUGGAGUAUAAAGUUUAUAAUCAUCUUUGUGACAAUAAAAAAUUUAUGCACUUUUUUAUUUUGAAUACAAUGAA